AUGUGUGAUAACAGCACAAACCAAACUUCUACCAUCUUUCCGUUGGACUACAGGAUUAGCCUGAUGGUCCUCUACACGCUUGUCUUCCUGGGAGGGAUCCUGGGGGUGAUACUGAUGUGCACCUCCCUCAGGUCUAACAUGCUGUCUGUCACCAGUGUGUCAGUGCUCAACUUAGUGCUGGUGCACGUGCUGUUCCUCCUAACUGUACCCUUUCGUGUCUACUACUAUGCCACUAAUAGCUGGGCCCUUGGCACCAUCUUCUGCAAGAUGACUAGCAGCAUGAUUCAUGCAAACAUGUACCUCAGCAUUAUUUUCUACACCAUCAUCCUGAGCACGCGAUACCUGUCAUUUUUUGAAUGGAGACACCGGCUGGAGUUCUACCGAGUUCUACAUGCGUUAAUAGCCAGCGUGACCAUCUGGGCUGUCAUUCUAGGACUUGCUCUCCCUGCCACCGUGUUGACAUAUGGGAAUGUAAGGACAAAUAAUAAUAACUUAUGCUUCACCUAUGGACUUGCUCUUAACAAUGUGGGAGUGAAAGUGGUGAACUACAUUCUCAGUGGUGUGGUGCUGGUGAUCUGGUUGUCCUUGGCCUCCUGUCAGUUGUACAUCCUGUGGCAAGUGUGUCGGAAGCAUGGAAAAGCCUCAUUAAGCCACCAAGAGUUCUGGGCUCAGAUCAAGAGCCUGUGUUUUUUGCUGAUUAUGCUUAUUUGCUUUGUGCCUUAUCAGAGUUUUAGAAUCUAUUAUGUGAGUGCCUACUGUCAACAGCUCGCAACAAUCAACGAAGUUUUUAUUGCAGUCACGGCUUUCAGCUGCUUCGACAUGCUUAUAUUUGCUGGCAGAGACAUGUGGCGACCUUUAUAUACAACAUGCUGUGUUUCUUUUCAGGAUUAG